UUGCCAUCCCUAACUCAUAGAAUUGUGCAACCCGGAAAAUUGUCAAAAUUUUCGUGUACCCUUAAAUUAAUUGCCGCUCCGUACACAAAAUCAGAAAGUACUGACCAACCGACUUACCUGUCGUUCACCUAUCGACGCACCGCGCACCUUUUGGAUUAAUUCGCGCCGCAACGCGAUUAAUUUAACUGGCUCGAUCCGAACACACGAAGUAGUUGAAAACAAAUGCAAAUCUCACACGUUUCCAGUUGUUUGGAAUGAAUUGAUUUUCGUGGCAACCAACUGGGAAACCCAACGACAGGUCGGAAAAAUAAACACCGGAGCGUUGCCCGUGGCAGCAGGCAAAGAUCAACAAGUCCACAUAAAUCAUCCCGAGAAAAACACCUUAAGUUUUAGUUUAAAAGUUUCGGCUAGGGAAAAUGUUGUUUGGAAGGAUUUUCACACGUGCGUUGCACUCCACGCGGCAGCUCUACGCCGGUGCAGGAGGAACUGGAGGUCUGGAGAAGAGUGCUCUGGCGGCACUGAGGAAAAAGACCGGCUACACCUUUGCCAAUUGCAAGAAGGCGCUGGAAAAGCACAACAAUGAUGUCGGAUUGGCUGAAAAGUGGUUGCACGAACAGGCCCAAACUCUCGGCUGGUCCAAGGCCACCAAAGUCGCAGAUCGAGCCACCGCUCAGGGUCUGAUUGGAGUCCUCAUCCGCGGCAACCGCGGUGCAAUGGUCGAACUUAACUGCGAGACGGAUUUUGUGGCCAGGAACGACACCUUCAAGCGGUUCGUCGACCAUGUUGCCUGCAUGUGCCUUCACUACACGGACUUGACGGACUUUGAUGGAGAUCUGUGGAAGCUUGGCUUCGAUGCGGACGCCCUGAAAAACCUGCGCACCGAGGAGGGUCGAACCCUGGGUGACCACCUGGCCCUUUUAAUCGGCGCCAUCGGCGAAAAUGCCACAAUUCGACGAGCCCUGUGCUUCAAAGCCAACAACGAUCUGAAACUGGUGGGCUAUGCUCACCCGGCACCCACCAAUGUGGGCACCACCGAGGGCAUCACCCAGGUGGGCAAAUACGGAGCGAUAGUGGCCUACCGAUCGGAUCACAAGCUGCUGGACUUCGAGUUCCACAAGAGCAUUUGCCAGCAGAUUGUGGGCAUGAAGCCGACGAAGAUAGGGGAGUACGACAAGGACAAGCCAGCCGAGAACAAGGACGAUGAGACGUGCCUAAUUCACCAGGAGUACCUUUUGGAUGCGGAUAAGACGGUGGGCGAAGCAUUGCAAGAGCACAACUGCGAGAUCGUCGACUACCAUCGAUUCGAGUGCGGAGAGCAGACGGAACGCAGUCUGGAGGCGAUCAUCCGCUCCCAGCACCAGAGCAGCAAUUAACUAGCCAAUAAGCAGACUCUCUAGAUCACUAAAUUGUUAAUACGCACCAGCCGAAGAUUGUUAAAGCCGAAAUUCUGGACAAAGUUCUGGUCAAAAUUUGCAUGUAAAACAAGUACAAUAAUACCAGUGACGAUCAGA